UGUCGUAGUAAAGCAUUUUCCUACCAACCCACGUUUUUCAAACAACUCACAGUCACUCUUCUAUCUUUUCUCCGAUAAAUGACAUUAAACCAACAUUCGAUUACUCUAUGAUACUACAAUUCACUUUAUUAAUUUCUUUCAAAUGUUGCCUUUAAUAAAUCCUCGUUCAAUCUUUACUCCUCCAAAUUCUUCCAUUUCCACAGUUUCUCUUUUAACUCGUCAUAAACCCACCUUCAUUCGUUGCUACGCCGCUGCCGACUCAGCAGCACCUGGGUUUGGCAAAAUUAGCCAAAACUCCGACGAAAUUGCUAAUAAGCGAAUUGGGAAUAAUAAUAUAAAAAAGAACACAAAAGUGAAUGCUAAAGAAAGGCGUUGGUCACGUAAUAGAGAGAGUUAUUUAGCUGAUGAUAGUGAUGUUCUUCCUCUUCCUAUGACUUACCCUGAUACUUCCCCUGUUUCGCCUGACGAAAUUGACCGCCGGCUCCGGUGUGACCCCGUAAUUGAGGAUUGCAAGGAAGUCGUCUAUGAGUGGACUGGAAAAUGUCGCAGUUGCCAAGGGACAGGAUUGGUCAGUUACUAUGACAAAAGGGGGAAAGAGACCAUCUGUAAAUGCAUACCUUGCGCUGGAAUCGGUUAUGUGCAAAAAAUAACACUACGCAACGAUAUUGAAGUGAUGGCGGACUUGGAUGAUUGAAACCACCUUGACAAAAGCAUACUCGUACCAUUUUGUUUAAACCAGUAUACAUUAGGAGAGCUGUGAAGAGGCACAUAACAUCGCGGAAUUGCUGUAUCCCUUAAGGGGAAAAGUGAGGGUCUAAUUCUAAACCAAUUUUCUCAAGUCAAAUAAAGGACAGAUUCUAUACAUCCGUAGCAGAACAAAGCACUUUCGAGAAGGAAGUGAAAUCGGUUGGAGCAACUGAGCAAGUUGUGCGAGGAUCUAGAAUGUAUUUGUAGCUUUAUAUACCUUUUUCAUCUCAGCUGUUUCCUUCUUGGUUCUUUUUAUGCUUUCAUACGUUGGAUUGAGAAUAUUGUUGCUUACAAGUAGUUGAGGAAUAAAUAAUAUUCUUCCUUA